GAUGAACGUUGUCUAUGGGCUGAUAUGGGUCGAUCAAUAGCCGAUUUUGUCUACAUAAGCUGACUAAAAUAAUUUGGAUUUCUUCUUAGAAGUAAUGAGAGAUGGUUGUGUAAUGGCAACAGAAAAAAGUUUAGUGGAACCUUUUGAUGAAAAAAGGUUAUGGCUAGGAAACUUGGACUCUAGGAUUACCGAGUAUCAAUUAAUAAAAAUGCUGCAAAAAUAUGGUACCAUCGAGAAGUUCGAUCUGUUGUUUCAUCGUUCAGGUCCUUUGACUGGACUCCCAAGAGGCUAUGCUUUUGUUACAUUUUUAAAUAAGGAAGAUGCAGUUAAAGCUAAAAGUGGGUUGAACAAUAAACUGCUGGGAACUAAAUGUAUUUCAGUAAUGUGGGCACACAGCUUGAGUAAAGAUGAGCCAGAAGUUAAAUUAAAACCAGAUGUGAAGCUUCCUGUAUUAGCAAUGGCAAAGCAAGAGAAUAAAAUUGAUAGGGAAUCUCAAAUUCAAGCUAUUGAAGCAAAACUAAAGAUAAUGCAACAUAAAGCCAAAGAUGAAUUAGAAAUAAAUAAGACUGUUGCUACUGAACCACCAGUUAUAUCACUUUAUCAAAAGAAACAAGAAUCUCAUUCUUCAAAUCCUAGUACCUCCACUAAAUUAGUUUUAAAAAAGUAUAAUGAAAAACGAAAUCAAUUUCCUUACACUAAGCCAAAACCAAAAAGGUGAUAUAAUUUUAAAAAUAUGUUUAGCUCUCUUUUAACUUAUUUCCUAGGAUUUACAAGUGUAUUUUGUGUCUUAUGUACAUUUAUUUGUAUUGAAAUUCUAAAUAUUGUACUCUUCUUGGUGAAAUUAAUCUUUAAAUUGUAUCAUGCUUUCAAAAAGAAAUUAUUGAAAUAGAAGUAUUCUCGUAAUUCAUGAAUUCAGAUGUUUAUUAAAUUUCUUGAAUGUACUAUUAUAUAAAUGGUUUUUUGUAAUGUAAUAUUGAGUACAAAAACAAUUCUUGUUAUAGUGAAUAAUUACACAAUUAAAGAAAUUUACUUAC